ACUCUGCGUAAAAGUUUAUACCAACUCUACUUAAACAAAAAUGUUGGAGGAGCAAUCAAAAUGAUUUGGACCAAACGUUUUUUUUUCGCCUGGUGUAAAAGCCGACACUUUCCCCGUUGCCACCUCGAGCCUCCACUCCCUGGGCUGACGGUGUCAGGAGGCAGCCUUUGAUGUGGAGGUGGUGUGUGUAAAAGUGUUACUUCACCAGCAGUGAGCACAGAAUAAAAGGGGGACAGAGAUGCAGCUUUAACUUCAGAAGGAUCAGCGACUUUACUGGCAGGUCAGUCAGUGUGUGUGGCAAACAAGCAGCCUGUGUCAGGAGUUAAACGAAAGUAUCUACUGCAGAAAGCAAGAAUGGAGAUGGCGAAUCCACAGUGUCAAGAGUUCCUGACGUUCCCAGAUGAUCUUGCUGGGUUUUCUCAGUGGCAGACGGCCACUGCAGAGAUGGACAGUGAAGCUUUAUCCUACUGGAAUUGUUGGUCUUCUGGAUCGGAUUCCAGUGGGGUGUCUGACUGGACUCCGUUCAGCUCCGAAACUGACAGCUUCACCGACUCGACCUCCCUCAGUCUCUCUCCAAUCUCCUCGGCCGGCUCCUGCAGAUUGUCCCCUCCGCUCGCCCCUUGCCCAGCCGCUCGGGAGCUCUACUCGGGCACGGGACCCCCGUCCCCGGGGGAUGUCCGAGGGGCAGCCGGCCGGAGGAGCAGGAAGGGCCGGUGCCACUACCCGGGGAAGCAGAGGCAGAGCGCUAGCGAGAGGGAGAAGCUGCGGAUGAGGGGCCUGGCCAAAGCCCUCCACAACCUGCGGACCUACCUCCCCCCGUCCGUGGCCCCGGCUGCCCAGAGCCUGACCAAGCUGGAGACCCUGCGGCUGACCAUCCGCUACAUCGCCCAUCUGACGGACGUGCUGGCCCUGGGCGAGCAGAUGCCCACGGGGGGCCCACAGGGCUGGUGCCCCAACGACCAGGGACCCCCAGCCCAGUGCCCGGUCUAUCUGGGGGACAGUGAGCUGGCAGCCGCCUUCCAGAACAUCAGCCACGGGCAGGUAGGUCAACCAUCUCAUAGAGUCAUAGAGUGAUACAGUGUGGAAACAGGGCCAUUGCCCACACCGGUCCCACCUUCCUGCGCUUGGUCCAUAUCCCUCCAAACCUGUCCUAUCCAUCUCCCUGCCUUCAAUCCUGGAGGUUUUUACAUACAAUUACUGACCCAAACUAAACCUCUAUCCGUGGUAAACAGGAGCAAUGACAGCAGCUGGGGAGAUCAGCGAUGGGAGGAGGAUUAGAAGGUAGAUGAAGGGGGAAAUGUUUGUACCUAGAGAUAGCUAGGUUGGCCAAGAUAGCCCGGCCUGCAACUCGUUGUCCAAGAGGGUGUUGAAGUCUAGCGGUAGAGUUGCUGCCUCACAGCGCCAGAGACCCGGGUUCGAUCCUGACCACGGGUGCUGUCAGUGCAGAGUUUGUACGUUCUCCCUGUAACCACGGGGAUUUUCUCUGCGUGCUCCGGUUUCCUCCCACAUUCCAAAGAUGUACAGAUUUGUAGGUUAAUUG